CAGAUUGUUUCCCAGAGGAAGCUGUCCAAAUCCUUGCUGAAGCACGGGAACACGGCGGGGAAGUCCUCCAUCACGGUGAUUGCUGAAGAAUUAUCUGGCAAUGAUGACUAUGUUGAACUUGCAUUCAACGCCCGGAAAUUGGAUGACAAGGAUUUCUUCAGUAAAUCUGACCCAUUUCUGGAAAUUUUUCGUAUGAAUGAUGAUGCAACUCAGCAGCUUGUACACCGAACUGAGGUUGUGAUGAAUAACUUAAGCCCAGCCUGGAAAUCAUUCAAAGUAUCAGUAAAUUCCCUAUGCAGUGGAGAUCCAGACCGCCGGCUAAAGUGCAUAGUAUGGGACUGGGACUCCAACGGCAAACAUGACUUCAUUGGAGAAUUCACCUCGACAUUCAAGGAGAUGAAAGGAGCAAUGGAAGGGAAGCAGGUGCAGUGGGAGUGCAUCAACCCCAAGUACAAAGCCAAGAAGAAGAAUUAUAAGAACUCAGGCAUUGUGAUUUUGAAUCAAUGCAAGAUCCACAAGAUGCAUUCUUUCUUGGACUACAUCAUGGGUGGCUGCCAAAUCCAGUUUACAGUCGCUAUAGACUUCACAGCCUCCAACGGGGACCCCCGGAACAGCUGUUCCCUGCACUACAUCCAUCCUUACCAGCCCAACGAGUACCUGAAGGCCUUGGUGGCUGUCGGGGAGAUUUGCCAAGACUAUGACAGUGACAAAAUGUUCCCAGCCUUUGGAUUUGGUGCCAGGAUACCCCCAGAGUACACGGUCUCUCAUGACUUCGCAAUCAACUUUAAUGAAGACAACCCAGAAUGUGCAGGAAUUCAAGGAGUUGUGGAAGCCUAUCAGAGCUGCCUUCCAAAGCUCCAACUCUAUGGUCCCACCAACAUCGCCCCCAUCAUUCAGAAGGUCGCCAAGUCAGCAUCCGAAGAGACGAACACCAAGGAGGCAUCGCAAUACUUCAUCCUGCUGAUUCUGACCGACGGCGUCAUCACAGACAUGGCCGACACCCGGGAGGCCAUCGUCCACGCCUCCCACCUCCCCAUGUCGGUCAUCAUCGUGGGAGUGGGCAACGCCGACUUCAGUGACAUGCAGAUGCUGGAUGGUGACGACGGGAUCCUGAGGUCACCCAAGGGAGAGCCUGUCCUUCGAGACAUUGUUCAGUUCGUGCCCUUCAGGAACUUCAAACACGCAUCUCCGGCUGCCCUGGCAAAGAGCGUGUUGGCCGAAGUCCCAAACCAAGUCGUGGACUAUUACAACGGCAAAGGGAUUAAGCCAAAAUGUUCAUCAGAAAUGUAUGAGUCUUCCAGGACACUAGCACCAUGAACUCCACACACUUUUACAGAGUUCCGAAAUACUGCUCCUGCUACUAUUUACUACUUCUACUGCUCCUGUACUUUAAAAAGCCACACAUUUAAAAACUAGCACGUUUUGGUGAUUUUUAACUAACUGGCCAUUUUUUUUUUCUUUUUUGCAUGUGUAGCCCUAAGGCCUGGAUCUGGUAAGCCCUUGUAUUGUUAAAGACUUUUUACAAAGACACACAAAUAAUUCCAACUUACUCUUUACAUUACAGCAUGUCGACUUGAAAUAAAAUGGUAUCUGUAUCUGUUUUUUAUACAGGUUUGUUGAAAUUUUGCUAAAUUUCUUAUUAUCUUUACACUGUAAAGCAUUUUGAAACAACUACUGAACGUUGAUAGCCAAAACAUAUUUGGUUUUAUCUGCUACAGGAUGAGAGACUUUUCAAAAUGGUAGAUGCAUGGACUGUAUUUUGCAUGUUUAAAAAACAAAACAAAACAAAACAAAACACAACACCCACACUGUUUUUGCAGUUGUUAUCUAUAAUUCAUCCCUGCUGAGAAUGGUCUCUCUGCUGAUGAAAAGAUGUAGUCACCUAGGAUUAGUCUUCUUGAUGGCGGUCUGGGAACUUAGCCCAGCACCUCUCAGACUUUGCUGGGGAUCUUGUCAAAAUUGGGACCGUGAUGCCAUAGGUAUGCACAGGCCCAAGAUUCUGCUGCUCUGACAAGGUCCCAGGGCAAGCAUGUCAAACUCAAAGGCUAACACGGGCCAAAUAAACGAGGCAUGCGGCCCAUGGGCCGCGAGUUUGACAUGCUUGUCCCAGGGGAUGCUAGUGCAGUCUUCAUAUUGCACUGAGAGUACUGAGGUUCUAGACUUUAGGGUGUGAUUGUAGAGACCAUCUGAACCAGGGCGGACCCUAGUCUGCUUGAGAAUGACACCUCUUCCCCAUCAGUAGCACAAAGGUAGCCUGUCUCUGAGGAGGGAGUAGAAAGUAGUGAGACUGAUUCCAGAAGCUGCACACCCCACAUCAGCCUCACUGCUUUGUAGUCCCACCUCUUCCUUAAACAGAUGAGGGAGUAUUCCCCCUGGCCGGCUCCUGCCCUCUUAAAGGAGGCCUCUCUCUCCUUGCAUGAAUGAUGCCAUGUUUACAUCAACCCCAAAGAAUGACCUCGAAAAGUCUUCAGUAGAACCGUGACAAUGGAGACUUGGCCAUGGCAAAGGGCUGUGCGGUGUCGCUCCCCAGAAAUGUGGCCCACCGAGUUGAUUUUUAAGCUGAGCGUGGGGCUUCUUUUUGCCUCUUCUUUAUCACUCCUGAGAGCAAACUUUAUCAGCAGAAAUGCCUACAAUCAUUCUUUUAGGUGGUGGUGUUUUGUUUUGAUAUAAAAUGGCCAGUUUUGAACCAGAAGAAUGAAUGUUUCACUUAUAUAAUCUUCUCACAG